AUGGGAGAUUGCCAUCUAGCGAAAAUUUUUGUCUCCCUUCCAUCAAAUUCCAAAUCUCGCGCGCUGGCCUCGGGCGUCUCCAAAUCUCGCGCGCUGGCCUCUGGCCCGUGCAGUUGCCCUCCGUCCAAAACAAAUGAAAAACGGAUCAAAACCCUACCCACUCUUUUAUAUCUCCUCUCACACAACACAACCGCCGGUGUAGACCACGCCGCCACUCCCUGCUCAAGCCCGUGGCGGCCGCCGGGGUCCAUGGAGGCCUGGGGCUCCAACGCGCAGCUCCAGCCAAGUCGCAGAGCAGACAUUUUCGGUAAAAGCUAUUUUUUUGAAGCAUUAGUGCUUUGUUUUCAGACACCGUCGCUGUGCUACAUGUCGUGCUCACCAGGGAUGAGAUUGCCGAGGACUUCGCCGCCAUCCGUGGCACCCGUGCCCCACGUCGGCCACCCAUCCGGUCAGCAUAUUGCCAUGAACAAGGAAGUGCAUCUGCAAGCACGUGUCCAUGUCAUUGUUGCUGGUACUGAGGAAUCCAAUACAGAUGAAGGAUGGAAUUUCCAGGAGAAUGCUAUGAAACAGCUGCAGAAUUUCCUUGCACCUCUAUUGAUUCUUGGCCUGAUGUUAUCAUCCAUGUCAUCUAGCACUGCAGACCAGAAGGAGGUCUGGCAUUGCUGGAAACAAGCUUCCUGGUGCCUCGGAACAAAGCUUUGCUCAGUGCAGGAAAUGAACCUUGAGAAGAGCGCUCGAACUAUUGGCAAGAUGAACUGA